UUACACUGUGGCACUCUUUCCUCUGUGCCAGCGAGGCACAACCCAUUAUGAGCCGGUCUCCCCACGGCACUGGAACAAUCCCAGUGCUUAGAGUCUCUGUUCUCAUGCGGUACUGCACAGGUUCUGAGUCAUGACGUAUUUACUGACAACGCCGUGCGAGUUUUCGCACGAGCGCACCAGCAGCUCGGUAAUGUACCUCUUGGUCAGAUAAACCUCCCCUUGCACCUCUGUCACUGCGCCUAGUAGUUCUUUUCUCUCGGCUAUCGGAAUCAUCGGACCUGUCCGUUUGGAGAGCGCAAUUCAACUGGGAUUUUUCACCUUUCCUGGCAGAUUUGGAAAAGUUUCACCUCCGGUUUUUUCCAGAAACACUGUUUCAUUAUGGGGCGAGCCUGUCACCGAGAGCUCGCGCUCCUGCCGCUGCUGGGAUACUUGGCUUGCCUGACGCGCGCGGACGUCUCUCCAUUAGGACGUGUGUUUUUACUGGAGUUGGAGAGUUUUCCAAAAGGUGGACAGGAGACAGGGUUCGAGGCAGCAACACAUGCCUGUAUGGCUCAAGGGGCCCAGGUGGCAUCCGGAGCCAACCUGCAUCAUGCAGUGUUGGAAUGUGCCUUCUCAGCCUGCUCGCGUGGUUGGCUCUCCGGACCGAGUGUUGGGACUACAGUGUGCAGCGGUGUCCCGGGGAGUUUGAGGCCAGUUGAUGUGCAGUUGGAGAAUUUAACUACGGACACUGAGAGACUGGGCGUGUUCUGCGUGGAAGAUAGUGAUGCUCCAUGUGGGCAGCCCCCUUCAUUCCCACACUCACAUCUGCAGGGGAAAACUGGUCUGGACCUCGGAGAUGAACUUCUAUAUACCUGUGACCCAGGAUACAAACUUCCCAAUGGAGAUACGGGCUUCAGCCUGCUUUGUGACAGUUGUGGGGAAUGGUACGGCCUGGUGCAGCAUUGCGUGAAAGAUGAUCCUGAAGGCCACAUCGACUAUGAAGAUAAGUUCACAGAUGGCCAUCUCCUUGAAAAUCCGAGGGAGGAGCAUCAUAUUUCUUUGAAUCCAGGAGAAACGCAGUCCACUGUUCAUGAACCUGAAACUGAACCUGAACCUGAACCUGAGCCUGAGCGGACUGUCAUGUCUGAGAAGGAGAAGGAGAAUGAUGGAGAUUCAACCUUAUCAGUCACUGAACCUCCAGUGUCUCAACUCAGUCAGAAGCACAUGUUCUGGUUCCCUUCAGAGGCCUUCCAGGAAGAGGAGGAGCAGCCGGGUAUCACCACUGAUUUCUCCUCUGUUAAAAACCCCAAUGAAGAUGAGAGUCACAUGACAGUCAAAACAACCAACAGCCAGUCUGGUCCUGACAUUAUCGCAGAGGAAAGUGACUAUACGACAGAUCCUCCCACCGAUGAACCUACCAGUCCCAGUGCUGGCGGCUCCUGGCUUGAAGGAUACCCUGUUACUCAGGAUGAAGAUAAAGCUGGAAGUGAGUCCACAGGGGAGGCAGGGCCAGAACAAGAUACGGAGUCAGAAACCAAGACCUUGACUGGCCACUCGGAAGUUGAGGUGUUUGAGGAUGUAACCAAAAACUCUGUGGAAGAAGAGACUGGAGGUUUGAUUGACAACCCUGAGGAGGAUGAAGAUGAAGAAAUAAAAAAUCCUGAGGACACAAUCCACAUGAAAGGAGACGAGGAGGAGCUCGGUAAAGGGACAACCAGACUUGAAAAGGAAGAGUCUGUUGUAACACCUUAUGAGGAAACAACUGAAGGACUUUCAGAAGAUGAAAUGGUGAAAGAAACGUACACAUCAGAGGAAACAGACUCUGAUGGAUCCAAAACAUUGGGGUUUGAUGGUGUUACUGACAGUCCAAAUGGUGUGGAGGUGAAGCCCAUCACCUUCAUUACUCAGAUCACACCCAGUCUAGUUGAUAUUGCUGUACACAAGCGGCCCACGGCGUACACACCGGCUUCCGCUCCUGAAAACGUGAGCACCAGUCAAGGCGGCUUGGGCCCUGAGAACACAUCCACAGCUUCUGGGAUGGUACAUCUGGAUGGUCCACCUGAUUAUAUCACCAGCAUGCCCACACCCGUCAUCAAGGAUCCAUGGGAAACCUUCGAUGACCACUUCCUGGAGCACAUACCUGGUCACGUCCCAACUGAAAACCCUGAAAAUCAGAGCGUGAUGGAAAGAGGUGUAGAUCACAGCCUCGAUCAACAGGAGCGGGCUGGAGAGGGUGCAUGUGCAGAAGACCCCUGUCAUGGUUCAGGCCGUGGGCCCAUGAUCGCGGCCAUUAUCGUUGCCAUCGUAGCAGCGGUGGUGGGUGUGGUCUUGGGGGUGUGGUGUUAUAAAAAGAGGCAACAAAAGAGCUCUCACUAUCAGCUCAAUGGAACUAACAGGCAAACGCAGUGCAUUGAAUUACAACAGACUGUGUGAAAGUCACACAGAUCCUCAUAAAGCCACACAGCUUACUCAGUCAUCCAUACAAAGCCAUUUAUGUGUGAACAUUACAGUCUCCAUCCACUGGGGCUCAGCAAAAUCCAGAGUAGAAAAAGUGAAAAACCUAUCUAUCUAUCUAUCUACAUGUAUCUAUAUAUCUAUCAUUCUAUCGUUUCUCAAAUUUUGUAGUAAAAUUACAGUUAUAUUAAUUUCUUAAAUUUUUUUAAUUCACAAGAAUUGCAUUGGAAAAUAAUCUUAAUUCAAUUCUAAAUGCCACACAAUCCUGACUUUCACACUAACACAAGGAGUGUCUCUUUUUAACACUCCUUUAUCGCACAAGGUUGGAUUGUUUAGUGCUUAUUUAGAUAGUAUUUCUGUUUUACAAUGUUUUCUUUUUCUUUAUAUUUUCAUUGUAUUGUGGAUAAUUGAUGGAUCAUGAAUCUGAUGUCUUCUCUUGCUUUGGAAAGACUGCGGGUCGUCCAGAUUUGUACGUGUUUAUAUAGCUUUGUCCAUUAGUGAGUAAGCGUGUGUAAGAGAAUCAUUGUGACUUUAGCAUGUUUGGUUCUGAAAGAGAGCAGUCAGUUCAAAAGAGAGUGUGGUUGAACCGUGUGCGCAGUUGACAGUUUCUAGCUUGCAGACAAGUGAGACAUUCUGGUCAGGUGAAUUCUGAUUGGCUUUCAGCUCUUAUAGACCUAGAGCAGGCAGAAUAAAUAGCUUUCUUCCCUAAAUUUAGAAUACAAUGAGCAUUUGUUCAUUUCAAACCUUUUUCCUAUAAAUAAGUGAGUUUCUUGGGGUUGAGCUCAGGACUCAGAACGAUUCACACUCACAGACAGGUGAGGCAUUCUUCUCAGAGGAACUAAGGGUAGAUUCUGAUUGGCUUUCAACACAUUUACAGCUUAUUGAGUUAAAAUAUAUGCAGUGCUAUAAAAGCUAUAUCAUAGCAGACUAUUUUCUACAUAUAUUUUCCCAAAUAUCUCAUUGAUGUUUCGUGCAAACUUUUUGGCCAUGUCUUAUACAAGAUAUUCAGUUCGUUCAUCACCUCCAGCGACGUUUAUGAGGCAUAUUUAUAUUGUGUAUUAUAAAUGUAAAAACUUGAUUUUAGAACUAGUGAAUUUAAACAAAACAAACACAAAUCAGAUAUGUCUAGAAUCACUUAUUUCAGUUGUCAUACUGAGGUCAAACAUAUAGCAUGUUUUUUUUAGAUAAUAUUAAUAAUAGGUAAUUAAGUGUAGUAAAGCCAUUUAUUUCUAGGUGUUGUUAGAGCAAAUGUAGCAUUUUUUAUAUUGUUUGAUUGAAUUAUAAAUGAAGAAAAGUGAAGUAAAACUUCAUGAAUUUUGCAGGGUCAUUUGUAAGUAUCCAUUAAUGAUCGACUGAUAGUAUUAAUAUUAUCUAACUGUUUGGGUAUUUUUGAUUGUUGGCUGUUGUUGUUGUCUUUUAAUAUGUUUUCCAGCCCUGACAUCUCUAUUUAGCAGAGAAGCUAGCACAGUCUUAUUUUAAAUUAGCCAUUUAGAGGAUACUUUUAUCCAAAGAUACUUACAAAUGAUGAAAAUCAGAAGCAAUUUAUCACACAAGAGCCAAACACUUGCAUUUACUUACAAAAUAAUCUCAUUUCUAAGAUCAAGAAAUCAGUUCCAGUUGGCUGCUGUAGAUAUAUUUAAAGCUACAGGUGGAUAAACACAUGAACUGCUUACCAUAAAAUUGGUCAUUUGCUAUCUGUGAGGUAAAUGUGGCCAUUGGAACUGUUUUGUUUGCUCUGAUAUCUUCUGAUAUGUGUUCUGAUAAGUGUUUUUAUUGUGAUGUGGAACUGUGAGACUUCAUACUCUUUGUCUUAUUAAUCUGUAAUCAUUUCAAUUCAAUUUGAAGCUAAAACUGCUUGGUAAUAUCAACAUUACACUGUAACUAUGUCAGUUAGAUGUGACAUGAGGGUAUCUGACUAAACAUAGCUGUGGAAAACUAACGGAACAUUAACCAAUAAAUAACUUUGGGGGGAAAAUGGCCGGUUUAGUCUUCCUUGGUGUCAACAUUACUUAAAUAGGCUUAAAAAAACAUUUCCUUCCUAAAAUAAGACUGCAAACAUUUGCGUAGCGUUGCCAGGUGUCUCUGUAUGUGCGUAAGAGCAGCAGAGCCAUGUUUUCUGUGUCUGUGCUGCUGAUUUUACCACAAAACAAAGACGAAACACUCAGAAACACUCCUGCAUACAAAUACUCACACAGCGGGAGAACAGAGACUUGUUUAAAUGUGUUUGAACAUUGAGUAUCUGUGCAGUUUAUCACACCAUAGUAGGAAAACCCCACAGAGAAAAGGAAAGAAGGGGUGGGGGAUGAGGAACGAGAGAUGUGGAGGGAGUCUGGAUUAAAAAAUGACAGUCCAUAUGCACUCUUAAAAUUCAAGGGUUUUGCUUAAGGUCAAGUGUUUAGUCUUUUGCUAUUAUAUUUAGUCUGAAUGUUUACUGCUUUUAAGGGCAGGCAAUACUGGUUCAGCCUUUGAAAUAGACGAGUUUGUUUGAUAUCUUCUCCGCAGCACCAUUUAACACAUAUUUUGAAUAAUAGCCAAGUAAACAUUUGUGAAGUUAUCAACAACAACAUAUAAGUGCCAACAUUUGGUCCAAACAGAUUGUCUGAAGCUUGGCAUUACCAAAAAAAUAGCAAAGCUCAGCAUCUUAAAGUAAGCCAGUCCUUCCGAAAUGCCAAAUACACAAAUUCUCUACCAGAAGGAGGAUUUUAUAAAGAUAGUGUAACACCUGAGCUAACAAAAAUUAAUUAAAACAAAACAGAUAUAUAAAAUGACUAAUGAAUUAGCUAGUAUUUCACAGCACAAAAGUGGUGAGUUUAAGCAUUUUCAUCCAUAUUAUUUAUUACGACAGCAUCCACAUCUGUAACAAUCAGCCAAAAAAUAUAUUUUCAGUGUUCAACCAGUUCUUGGGGCUCAAUUCUGCCUGGAUAUCUUCACAUGGUUACAACAUUGCUUGGUUUGUAUUCAAUAUAGAAAAGCAUUCCUUAUUAAAACAAUACAAACAAAAACAAAUCAUUGUUUUCUCUGAGAUACAGUAAACUGACAGGGACUAAGAUUCAAAAUUAUAAUCUUUUGGUUUGUGGUGCAUAAUCUGUACUUACAUGUGUAAAUAUAAGUACA